CAGUCUGGUCCAAAGCUACUUAGCUAAACAACCCGAGGAUUACAAGUGAUAACGGUCAAUAAUUGCGUUCUCGUGGACUCAGCUAGCCACACAGGGGAGCUGUGUCAGUCAGUUCUGCGCAAUGCAGGUACCCGUGUUGCUGCUUUGUGGCUUCGUCCAAGGCGUGUUCAGCGGACUAUGGAGUAAUACUAACUGUCCGCGGGGUAAGGCGACUAUUGUCCAUCUGUUUGAGUGGAAGUGGAAGGAUGUGGCAAUAGAAUGUGAGCAGACCCUGGAUCCCGCUGGCUUCUGUGGGGUACAGAUUUCCCCACCCCAUGAGAACAGAAUCGUCAGUCUCCCUCCCCGCCCGUGGUUUGAGCGCUACCAACCCGUCUCUUACAAACUGGUGACUAGAAGCGGUGGCGAGGGAGAGUUCAGAGAUAUGGUGGAACGCUGCAAUAGGGCAGGCGUCAGAGUGUACGCUGAUGUGACUUUGAACCACAUGGCGGAGGUUGGGUCCAGCGGUCUGGGGACGGGCGGUUCGUUCUAUGUGGACCCUCAGUACCCGAUGGUCCAGUUAUCUUACAGUGAUUUCAACGACGCUAGAAACUGUUCCACCAAAGACCUGACAGCCCACAACUACAAGAACAAGACAGAAGUACGCAACUGUCGUCUGCAGGCUCUGAACGACUUGAAAAUAUUUACUGAACGCGUUCGAAAGGUCCAGUUAGACUUCUUGAACAAGCUAAUAGACAUCGGUGUUGCUGGUUUUCGAAUAGACGCCGCUAAACACAUGUGGCCAUCGGAACUAGAACAAUUGUACCUUCAGUUACAUCAUUUAAACAAUAGGUAUUUUCCUUUUGAUACACGGCCCUUUAUUCUUCACGAGGAUCUGGUUAUUGACACGGUUGGGCUGCCGUCUGAUGUAGCAGAGUAUACCAAGAACGCCAAGGUCACCAGUUAUGAAUAUGGGUAUCUCAUUGCAAAAAUAUUUCAAGGCAACAACGCAAAUCUAAGGAUAUUGAAUGGUUUAGAAAGAACACGCGGAUGGCCAGCAUCAGCGGAUACCAUGGUUUUCAUUGACGAUAGCGCUAGUCAGCGGGGGUAUGGGCCAGAGAAGGUACUGUCUAGUUUUAACGAUCCCCGUCUGUAUAAAAUGGCUACCGUGUUUAUGAUGGCGUACCCGUACGGCACUACACGACUGAUGAGCAGCUACUACUGGCCGAAGAAGAUGGUUAACGGGACCGACGUCAACUCCUGGAUGGGACCCCCGACGUCUGUAGACAUGUCCACGCUCAGUGUGUUUGAGGGCGACAGUUCAGAAUGCAAGAAUGGAUGGGUCUGCGAGCAUCGUUGGAGGCCAAUGAAAAACAUGGUAGGAUUCCGAAAUAAUGUCGGUGAAGCCAAUUUAACGAACUGGUGGAGCAAUGACCAAAGACAAUUUGCUUUUGCAAGACAAGGAAAAGGUUUUGUCGUGAUAAAUGCAGGAAAAUCACAACUUUCCUUGGUGAUAUCGACAAGUUUGCCGAAAGGCACAUAUUGCGACGUUAUUUCCGGGGACUAUAUGAACGGUGUUUGUACUGGAAAGACUGUCUAUGUAAAUGAUAUUGGACAAGCUAAUUUUAGAAUAAAUUCUCAACAGCAAGAGCCGAUGAUUGCGAUACACGUGGGUGCUAUGCUGAAGAGGUCUGAUGAACAAAUCUCGAAACAACAAUUAUCAAACGUUUUCCCCGGAAUAAUAGGAAGAAGAUAAAACGAAGUUUUUGUUUCAAAUAAAUCAUCUUAGUUAU